AUGGCACUUUGCGAAGCUGACGAAGAUAUUCCUGUUUUCAAACGUACCACAUUACAUAAAAUAAUGCACGAGCUUGGUUUCGAUUUCAAUAAACAGGAUGGUAGAACAUUGUUAGUCGAAAGGGAAGAUAUUGUUUUAUGGAGGCGUAAAUAUCUGAGGCAAAUAAAAGAAUACAGAGAGGCUAAUAAAACCAUUUACUAUCUUGACGAAACGUGGGUAAACGCUGGACAUGUGAAGACAAAAGCGUGGUUGGAUACAACGGUAAAAAAUAAAAGGCAAGCAUUUCAAGAUGGCUUGUCAGCCGGUCGCAAAGCUCCGACAGGAAAAGGUAAAAGGUUGAUUGUAUUGCACAUUGGCAGCGACAAAGGUUUCGUGGAAGAUGGUCUACUACUCUUUGAAUCUAAGUCUACAAAAGACUAUCAUGAAGAAAUGGACGGUGAAAGAUUCCUUAAUUGGUUUAUUAAUAUAGUAAUGCCUAAAUUAGAACCAGGAAGUGUGGUUAUCAUGGAUAAUGCUCCCUACCAUUCGGUGAAAGCCGAAAAAAUACCAACAACCAUGUGGAACAAGCCGCAAAUAAUAGAUUGGCUGCAAAGCAAAGGCGUAUCCAUGGACAUGAGCUAUUUAAAAAAGGAAUUAUUAAUGAAAGUUGCCGAAAUCGCCCCACAAUAUGAUAAAUAUUUAAUAGAUGAGACUGCUAAAAGUAAUGGCAUUACAAUUCUUCGUCUACCGCCUUACCAUUGCAAACUCAAUCCAAUUGAAUUAGUGUGGGCCCAAAUAAAAAAUUAUGUUGGUGCCAAUAAGUCCACGUUCAAAAUGAGUGACGUUAAAAAAAUAUUAGACGACUCAAUAGCGUUAAUAGACGCUAAUCGUUGGAAGAACUGCUGCGACCACGUGAUACGCGAAGAAAAUACCAUGUGGCAUUUGGAUGACGUCAUGGAACUCGCAGAACAAAAUUCCUUCAUAAUAAAUGUAACUGGAGAAUCUAGCGAUAGUGAUUAG